GGAACCCAUCUUCGCAAUUCAAGAGAGGCUUAAUUUCCAAGAGAGAGAAAGAGUCAUAAACAAAGAGAUUUACUUUCUUUCGCUGCUGUGGGAAGUGACGGUUUUGUGCUAAGCUUUCUGCAGCGGUGUUUAGAAAUCUCUCUCUAAGUUUCCAUAACAAAAACAAUGGCUCGUUCUUUCUCCAACGCUAAGCUUCUCUCUGCUCUCGUCGCCGAUGGAUUCUCUAGCACAAUCAUCAGACGUGGAUAUGCGGCGGGUUCUCAAGGAGUUGCGUCGAGCGUGGUUAGAGGAGGAGGUGCUACUAAUCCUACAAGUGUAAACGUGGUUAAGAAUUCCGGGGAAGACAAGGUGAGCUCCGCUUCAAAGGUCUCGUGGGUCCCCAACCCGAAAACCGGGUUUUACGGACCCGAGAAUGGCGCCGAAGAGAUCGACGCGGCCGAGCUACGUGCAGCGCUCUUGAAGAAGCACUAAGAAAAGAAAAAUUCUUGGUAGUUUUUUUAGGAAACAACGAAAGGGGAAAAUUGUACGAGGAAUGGGCUGUCGGCGUGUUUGGGUUUGAAUUCUUCGGAGUUCGGGCUUCGCCGGAAUAUAUUUGUGAUUGUUGUAAUAGCUGGUUCCUCCGUCCUCUGCCUUAGGGACUAUAUAAUAUAAAGCAUGUACCCUAUUUAUUAAUUUUUGCAAUAAAAUGAUUUUAAUUCGUUGAAUUUA